UAAAUUCUUCUGUCCUUGUGCCUGGAGAUGACCCAACCCCGAUCAAACCUAUCUCUCUACCCCUCUCGUCUCUGUCACUCUCUCUUUCAACCGCCGAUAAAGACGACCGGGAAACAGCGGAUUCCGGCGUAAAGCUUGCGAACCUCUCCGUUUCUGUAAAAAUCCGGCGAAAAAGGGCCAAAACGAGUACGUAUUGCUGAAGUUAAUGUCGUUGGAAGCUUUUUUGAAGCAAAUGCCAGCAAGACUUGCAGAGUGACCCCAAAAUACAGGAAUUCCAUUGAUUUAUCGUAGUAGAUCUGGUUUUCUAGGGUUUUAAGCGAUGUAUAUCUGGGAAAGCUUCUUAAUCUAUGGUCUAUUUUUAGAUCGAAGGAAGCUUCGUUGAAAAUGGAGCAGGAUCCAGAAUUUAUGGUUCUCAUAUGUCAAAUCCCUAAUUUUUAGUGGAUUUAGUUUUUUUUGGAUGGUAGAUAGAUCUGUGGUUUCGUUGGAUUUUUUUCAGGAUCUGAUGGUUAUGCGUUAGCCUGGGCUAUUGACUUUAUUUACUGGGUCAGUUUAGGGCAAAAGGAGUGAAAUUGAAUCUUUUCAUAGCAGGAGUGAGAGUUUAGAGGUUUUAGGGUUUUGGCCAUGGCUAAUGUUCAGAAGUUGCCUCAUUCUAGUAUUAGCACAGCUAGUAGUUAUGGUUCUUGUAGGGGUGAAGGUGUUCCAGAUCAGUUCCCAGCGGGGCUUCGAGUUCUUGUGGUUGAUGAUGAUACCACUUGUUUGAGGAUAUUGGAGCAGAUGCUUAGGAAAUGCAUGUACAAAGUUACUACUUGUUGUCGAGCUACAGAUGCACUAGAUACUCUUCGAGGGAGUAAAGGGUGCUUUGAUGUAGUUAUAAGUGAUGUUUAUAUGCCUGACAUGGAUGGCUUCAAGCUUCUCGAACAUGUUGGGCUAGAAAUGGAUCUGCCUGUAAUUAUGAUGUCUGCUGAUGCACGAUUUAGUGCUGUAAUGAAAGGAAUCAAACAUGGGGCAUGUGAUUAUUUGAUAAAGCCUGUAAGAAUCGAGGAGCUGAAGAAUAUAUGGCAACAUGUUGUUAGGAAAAAGUGGAAUGAGACCAAAGAACACGAUCAAUCAGGUAGUAUUGAGGAUAAUGAGCGACAUAAACGAGGUUCUGAUGAUGCUGAGUAUGCUUCAUCAGUUAAUGAAGGAACAGAUGGUAACUGGAAGGUUCAAAAAAAGAGGAAGGAUUCUAAAGAAGAGGAAGACGAUGGUGAACAGGAGAAUGAGGACCCUUCUGCAGCCAAGAAACCUCGCGUGGUAUGGUCGGUGGAGCUCCAUCAGCAGUUUGUCAAUGCGGUGAACCAGCUCGGAAUUGAUAAAGCUGUUCCCAAGAGGAUACUUGAGUUGAUGAAUGUUCAAGGUCUGACAAGGGAAAAUGUUGCAAGCCAUCUUCAGAAAUUCCGGCUAUAUUUGAAAAGGCUAAGCGGGCACCAAGCUGGUGUUUCAAGCUCAUUCUGUGGGUCUGUAGAUCCAAACUCGAAGCUUGGUCCUCUCAGUCAACUUGACAUCCGAGCACUCACUGCUUCAGGGCAGAUCCCCUCUCAAACGCUAGCUGCCCUGCAAGCUGAGCUCCUAGGCCGACCCUCUAACAACGUGGCGAUGCCAGUUUAUGGCCAAACCUUGGUUAAAUGCCAGCCCAAUCUACCUAAACAGUUUCCCCAACCAAACUUACCAGUUGAUGACGUCCAAUCAAGCCUCAGCAUAUGGCAGCACCACCUUAGCUCUGGGAUGCCAUUGGGUGGGCUAAAUCCCCAAAACAAUGGCUUGCUUAUGCAACAGCAACAACAGCUUACUAUUGAAUCAAAUAGACCGUGUAAUGUGCAACCGUCUUGCCAUGUUGCUCCAUCAAAUGGUGGGUUCACCAUGAGAAACAACCCAACCUCUUCAAAUGCGAGCUCAGUGGAGUAUAAUAGCCUUCUCUCCUCUCAGGGCGAUGUGGGUCAGAUCUCGCAGGCGAGUGGGUCAGAUCUCGCAACCACUGUACAGAGCAAUGGUGGCUUCAAAAGCUUGGAUUAUAGAAACAUGGGUCAAGUCUCACUAGAAAGUACAUCAGAUCUUGUCUCUACUCAAAACAAUGGUUUUAAGGGCAUGGAGUUGAGGAACGUGGGUUCUCUCGGUGGUUACCCUCUUUCUUCUUCUGUGUCUGCUGGUUCAACUAAGACAGAGAAUGGGCAAAGCUUCUCUCAGGUUCGAACUGGUCCCAGGAUGAGCAUGGGACCCACAGGUCAGUUUGUGGGUCCCCCCACUAUACGGAGGUUGCCCAUGGUGGACGGUGGGACCCAUAGGAAUAGCCUGGGUUUUGUGGGUAAGGGAGUGAGCAUACCUAGCAGGUUCAUGCCAGACUCUGGUUCACCGACUGGCGUUGGAGAAGAGUGCACUCUUCCAAAGCAGGAGGUUGACCCUGAUUUCUUUGAUUCCUUGAAGGUUGGACCAGUUGGUGUGCAGCAUUAUGCUUCUGGUGAUCUCAUGAGUGUUCUCUCGAAGCAGCAGCAGGCGAGCACUGGGAACUUAGAUUGUGAGUUUGGAAUAGAUGGUUAUCAGUUGGGUAACAUACAUGUGAAGUAAGUAGCCAAUUUUUUCUCUUUAUUUAAUUGUCUUAGUGAACUGUUUGUUGGGGCUGGCUGUGUAAAGGUGCCAGAAUAUUCGCAAUGCUUGUGAAAUGUGGCUUCCUCUUGCAUGAAGAGGUGCAGUUAGUGCUUUGUGGACGCAUCCUGGUUUCUAACCAGAAAGAAAAGGAGAGAAAAAAAAAAGGUCCUUUCUUUUCUCAAGAAUAUAGUUGUAUGAUAUUGAGAUGCA